AAUUCUUCUCAAAACUUAUUUUGGCUAGACGGCUGUUCCAUCUGUGAAGUCUUGUCUGGAAGCUCCUCUCGCUGCUAAAUUGUGCGGCGGAUAUGAAAAUAAUUAAAUUCAGAGAGUUAAAGAAACAAUAAAGACAGUCUAGACGCCAAAAUCUGAUACAUCGUCCUCCAUUUUAUUGACAGAUUGUGGUGCUGCUAUCAAGAUCCGUUUAGGCCUAAAAUUUAGUUUGACAUGGCCAUACCCACACCGAAUAGCAAUGAUGCUUGUCUAAGUAUUGUUCACAGUUUGAUUUGUCAUCGACAAGGCGGAGAGUCAGAAAGUUUUGCAAAAAGAGCCAUCGAGUCGCUAGUCAAGAAGUUGAAGGAGAAAAAGUCUGGACUUCAUGGACAAGAACCUUUGUUCCCAACAUGGAAAGACGAACUAGAUGCUCUGAUCACAUCAAUAACUACGGGUGGCUCUCACCCGACUAAAUGUGUCACAAUACAGAGGACCCUUGAUGGAAGGCUGCAGGUCGCAGGCAGAAAAGGCUUCCCACAUGUCAUCUAUGCCAGAAUUUGGCGAUGGCCUGACUUGCACAAGAAUGAACUGAAGCACGUGUCAUACUGUCAAUACGCUUUCGACUUGAAAUGCGACAAUGUUUGCAUCAAUCCAUACCAUUACGAACGGGUUGUUUCGCCAGAUAUAUCUGGUCUUUCCAUUUCUUCGCAUUCAGAUGGCAGUGGCGCCCUAAGCCCGACCAGCAGCGAUGACUUCAAACCAGGACCGACAUACCAAGGCCAAUUGUCCCUAUCGUUGGGACAAGGUCCAACAAUGGCUCCAGAUGGAUUUGCACCAUACUCGCAUCCGCACCCAAUGACGUCACCAAAUCAUAUGCCUCAUUUAGGCCCACUUGGAGGACACCCACUUAACGAUGGAUACAUGCCGUCACCGCCAACGGGGCCGCCGAGCGUGGGGCCAGUUCUCCAUGGCCACGGUGGGCAUGGGGGCCAUGGGGGCCACAGCAGCCAUGGACACGGAGGGGGACAUCACCCCGGAACACCACUUCCUUCUGGCUCGCUUCUGAAUGGACCCCCGUCUCACCCAUCAGCUGGGCAUGGUCAUUCAGGUGGACCCCCCUUGCUCUCAAGCCCCCACGACCACCACGUUAGCCAUGGGCCAAGUCACGUGCAACAUGGAGGCAGCUCACUUGGAAGUAGCAUGCUGGGAUCGUCUGGGAGUUCAGGACAUUUGAAUCGUGAUAUGUCGUCAGCAGGCUCGUCCGGCCCGCUUGGUUCCGCGUCCGGUCCGAUGGAUUCGCCCGCACACUUAGCAUCUCCAAGCCACAUGCCUCCUUCCAGUCAUAUAAAGUCAAGUAGUCAUUCUUCGUCCAGCCUGUCCGGCUCCUCAACUCUUAUAGCCACAAUGGGACAGUCCGUACACUCUCAGCCGUCCGUCCUCCAAUCGCCUUCGUCAUCAUCAGCGUCGCACACACCGAUUGGUUUGCACGGUUCCUCCUCCUCAAGUGCGCUUUCCUCCGUUUCGCAGUCCAUGUCUUCCCAUCAUUCAAGCAGCCAAGCUGGUUGGAGUGCCCACCCCAGCACCCCAGUGUCGUCACCCCAUCAGCCCCACCAUUCCUCAAUGUCUUCACAGCCGCAGCCUCCACACUCUUUAGGAACCCAAUCCCACGGAAUGCCAAGUUCUUCUUUCUACAACCCCAUGAAUUCCCAUCAUAUGGAACCGCCUCCGCAACAGACUACUGGGCCGAUGGCAGGGCCUUUGUCAAGACACCAACCACCGGAAUACUGGGCUUCUAUCGCAUACUACGAACUCGAUCAACAAGUCGGUGAAGUGUUUAAAGUUCCGGCCAUCUGUCCGAGUGUUAUUAUUGAUGGAUAUGUCGACGCGUCCGGAAAUGGCGGGAAUAGAUUUUGCCUCGGUCAGCUUUCAAACGUCCACCGAACAGAGGCUAGUGAAAAAGCUCUCCUUCACAUCGGUCGAGGCAUUCAGCUAGACAAACGAGGCGAAGGUGAUGUCUGGGUUCGUUGCCUUAGCGACCAGAGCGUUUUCGUACAAAGCUACUUCUUAGACAGACAGGCAGGGAGAUCCCCAGGUGAUGCCGUUCAUAAAAUCUACCCGCAAGCAUACAUUAAGAUAUUUGAUUUGCGCCAGUGCUAUGAACAAAUGAAACAGCAAGCCUCUGCUGCGCAAGCCGCUGCGGCCGCACAAGUUGCGGCUGUUGCUGGUGGGGCAGGAGCCGCGUUUACUAUUGCUCAUCCAGCGGCCUCAAUCGGUGUAGACGAUUUAAGGAGGCUCUGUAUCUUAAGGUUAAGUUUUGUUAAGGGCUGGGGUCCUGACUAUCCAAGACAGUCGAUAAAGCAGACGCCAUGUUGGAUUGAGAUACGGUUACAUCGAGCACUUCAGCUGCUUGAUGAAGUACUUCAUCAGAUACCGAUCAACGAGCCGAUGCCAAGUGAUCGAUAAUCAUUUGUGAUCACUAAUCAUCUUUUAUGUAGCGAUUGAUCACUUACUAUACUGUGCUGUACUAACUGUUGCUGAAUUAUUGGCCAGACUGUCGAUCACUGUUCAAAUCACGCCGGUGAUUAAGUGACAGCAAGGAAAUUAUGAUAUGGUGGAAGUGGCAGUGAUUAAACGAUUGCAUUUUGUGAUUCAUCGAUUGAUGACGUCUUUCCAGUAUUUCUAUACAUCUUCAUGUGGGAAUUCCUGGUACUAAAGAACAAGGGACGUUAGCCGUUUGCAAUUUGGGAAAACCCUGGCGCAGAUAUCUUCACAUCCCAUUGGUUUCCCGUGACCUAAGCUGACUUUUCGCAAAUACGAGUUUAUUAUAAAGAGAAAACUAAAACAAAUAACUUUAUUAGUUUUGUUAUGUAGAAUUGCUCUAGGAUGAUAGUAUGAUUACGAAUUGCGCUUCGUAAGAGUAAAGUGGAGGGGGGCUGUGAGACAACGAUUCAGAGGGAUGGGGCCUAGAACCUGGGAUCAUUGCGGGAGUUUUUUUGAUAGUCAAUGACUAUGAUAUGCAAUGACAUUAAGAUGAUUUUCUCAAACUCAAUGAUAUUUUACGAAGGUAUUUCAUAUACCCUGAUGAAUGGGAAUAUUUGAAAAUUGUGACCCGGAUAAUUUUACAUUAAAGUUCUUGAAAAAUUGUUGAGAUGCUUCAGCUUCUGACUUGUUACUAAUUUGAGUAAAAACGAAACAGAAUGCUGUUUUGAAAAUGCAGAGUUUAUUAAAAUCAUGGAAUGCUGAAAAUAAUGUUAAAAAUUUAAGGAAAAGAGCCAUAAAUGAAUGGGAUGGUGGUUUUGAGGACCUUUUGUGGAAAUUUUUACAAAACGACACAAAAAAGCUGUUAUAAAGUUGCAAAAUUACAGAUUUUGAAAUCCUGUUUGAACUUGAAACAUUGAAAUUUUGUAGCCUAGGAAAUUUUCAAAGGCUAAAGUCUUUUCUGGCUUGUAAAAACUACAAAAAGCUGUUGCAGCCUUUUGAGCUAAAAGCAAAUUAUAAAAAUUUCGCAGCAUCAACACUUUUGUAGUCUCUCAAAAGUACAAGAACAAAUUACAAAAGAAAAUUACAAAAACAAUUUACAAAAACAAAAUUCAAAGCAAUUUGCAAUUUGACAUCAAUGACUCGUUUCUUAGGCCCUUGUCCUUGCUAAAUAUUUUAUUUGUUUUUUUACCCCAUCGUGCUUUUGUUUUAUUUGUCUUUUAGAAUUUUUUGUAGAAUUAUAUGCUUUAGAAGAAAUUUUUGUUUGUAACAACUUGCAAAAUAUAAAUUUUAGUAUCGAUUUUAGUAUGAAGGAGCUGGUGUUAACUAAUGUUUUACCUGAUGAAUCUCCCUUGUUGGGCGCCAAAUUUCAUAAAAAUGAAAAAGGAUUAUUAUUAAGAAAACAAUAGCAGAAUUCGGGGAAACGGAAUAGAUAUUUCUUGCAGUUCCUCUUUAGAUAUGUAUAAUCUAGUCUCGUACCCAUAUUGAUAAGCCGGACCCUAUUUAGGUCAGGGGGUAACGAAGCCUUGCUGUUCCCUUUUCGAUGCAUGGUUUCCGAAUUUAAAAACUGCUUCGUUAUGUAAACGAAAACAUUUUUAAUCCAGCUGUAAAGUAAAUAAUAUCGCUAGAGAAUCACUCUGUAAACGAUUUACUGGAUCAAAUGUCCAAUGCAAGAUAGGGCUUCGUUUAGCAUACUGGUCAUUGAGAGGGGGAGGGGGCAAUAGCUCCUCCAGCCCCUGAGUGUUUCCCAUUCUUAUAAGAACCCUACAGCUUGUUUCCCUUAGCUAAAAUCACUUUGAAAAAGUUAUGCCGAUGUUUUCUUCUGACGAUCCACCGGUAUAUACAAUCUAUUACAUUGGGGGCGUUCAGAACCUGUUUGUUUACGGAGAUGUACCCCCAUCACAUCCUAAGUAUGCUAGGGGUUGAUUGUGGCGCCUCUUAGUUAUGUUAAACUAUUCCAAAGUGGGGUGGGGGCAUUUAGAACACUUUUGUUUAUGGACAUACACCCUGCUAUAUCUUCGUCAUGGUAAGGGUUUUCUUGACAAAGUACAUAUAAUGACAUUGUCUCGGGGGCAAAUUUUUAUAGUUAGUAGUACUGCCCCUCUCCCUGUGAGAAUUUGCCCCCGCCCCUCCCCCGAAGUUUGGCUGAACAUUCAUCUUUGCAUUAUGCAACUUCUUUUGUUUAUAGUAGAGAGAUGUAUUAGGCGAAUGAUGCUUGUCGUAAGAUCGGCCAUUGCUGUCUUUUUUAUGAAGCUCUUGAAAGUAAGGAAGUCCUGGACAAAGCUACUUUUAAUAAAUGUAUGCUCAACUAUUUGUUAACAAUCUUCCUUGGUGGUUUCAAAUUUUAGUGUUUGUGUCUCUUUCAUCUACGAGAAAAUAUACCAUAGCCACAUUGGCACAGAAUAGGAAUUCUGUUCUGUGACGUAGUUUUGAUAGCUUCGAGGUCCCUCUUUUGCCCCACUCUUUAGUGGGACAAGCCCCCUUUCAAUCUGUCCUAUGAAGAUUUUGUUAGAAGCAAGCGGAAGCUAUCAUAGGAAAGUCAAAAAUGACUUUGAGAAGUUGGAAGAAUACGAAUUAGGGGCAUCCUCCAAAGGGGAGAGCUUCCACUAGGAGAUGCCUCCAUUUCUGUGUUCAAACUUUGACGAAAGGAGCCAGAAACAGUUCUACAGCUAUUAGGCCUAGUUUGCAGCGCCUUUUCGUGCGUGCACGUUGCUCAGUGCGUUUUCGACAACCUAAGUUUUUCUGUUGUUUUUUUCGGUCAACUGUGGUUAUGCUCUCUGUUUUUGAAGGAACACGGAGCAGUUUGAACGAGCCUAGCUGCUGAUGUUACAGGCUAUUUUUUAGCCGCCAUUGGCGGGUCGCUGCCGGUAAAUCAACGGCCGCGCUCAGUCAUUUCUGGGUCAUCGGAAUUUGCGACACGAAAUCCACGCGAGCCGUUCUAAACACUAUUGUUAAUCGACACGUGCCGCAAUUGUUAAUCGAACGGACACAUUCGAAGGUACGAAUGACGAGCUGUUACAAAUCAAACAUGGCGUCAUUUCAAAGCUAUUUUCCAGACAAUACUCCAUUAUCUGGUCUGUAUGGGUGGUGUUUGCCUGUUUGAAAUAUAUUCCCGUUUCGCCAAGACAACAUUCGCUGUUAUCCCUGCCGCUAUAUUGUGUUUUGGACAAACAUGCAUUCUCAGAAACCAUCUUUGUUGCUGCAAAAAUGAGUCAUAACCCAGCGAUCUUUCUAAAAACUCAACUAUCCCCCAACAUGCCUAACAAGCUACAGCCAGGUGGCUUUCCGUUCCCUGUUGUGGAACUCAGCAAACCAUUGCCAUUUUCUCUCUGCCUCAACUUGAAAACAUCAUUGGCCAGUUGAUUUAGGCCGCGGAUUUUCCGGAUAAAAACUUUUUGUUUGAAGCGAUUAGCGAGAUCUGCCGCGCACAUGCGGGGACGGGUCGACAAUAGUCUUACAGCAAAAUCGAUUUCCCUCGGUACAAGAGGAUACAAUUAAGAGAUAAACCGUUUUAGCGUCUACAUUAACGGCAUCAGCCACUAGGCUAUAUUGGGUAGGGAAAAAAUUUAGCCCAUGGCCUGUUUACUGUUAGAGAACGCUCUCUUACCAACAGAGAACGCCUGUUUUACUAUUAGGGAACGUCUGUGACUAACUUGUUUACUUGAAGAUAGUUUCAAAUUUAUAAAAUUCCAUUGCACAAUUUUUACCCCUCCCUCAACAUGUUCCCGUCAUAUUUAGAUGGAAUGCGGGAUCGAUCCAGCCGAGAGUUUUCGGGGGUCUUAACUUCUUCAGUAUGACAAGGGCUUUGUAACAGUGGUUUUGAAAUGGGGUUCUCGAUUCAGGGUUUUUGUGACUUGGGUUUGUGAAAGGGGUUGUGUGACAAAGUCCUCUGUGACUGAUAUCUCGGAGGAUAUGGUUGUUGGUGACAAAGAUUUUGUGACAACGUCUGCUGUGACAUAAGUCUCAGAGAGGGUUGAUGAAAACAGGUCCAGGGGUACGUCUUUGAGUACUUCAGGUAUGCAUCCAGGAAAGCGUUGACUUCUAUAGUUGUGCAUUUCGGAGUAUUUAUUCGUAUUUCGUCAUAACCAAAGUCUGAAUGUAUAUAAAUUAUUUUAUUUUAUUUUAUUCAGCUAAUUUCAUGUCAAUGAUCCUUUGCCGUUUCUAAAAUCGUGCCCUCUUUGCCUAUAGGUUCAGUUAGCGAUUUCUACUCUUGGUGAAACUUCUAGAAGAACCUUGCUUAAACCCAAGCCUCGGCGAGCCGGAUUGACUCUAAAUUGAAAAUCUGCAAAUUAUAUAAGAAUAUUCUAGAUAUUAUGAAAUUAAAAAUAACAGGACACCUUUCUGCAAAGGAUCUGUCUAGUUUCCAUACGGCUCGACCUGAUGACGUAAUUAGUUUACCCUAAACCUAACCCUAAACCUAACCCUAAACCUAACCCUUACCCUAACCCUUACCCUAACCCUAACCCUAACCCUAACCCUAACCCUAACCCUAACCCUAACCCUUAACUUGAAAUAAUUAGUCAUGCUAAUUUAUGACUAUUUCUUCUGCAAACUCUUCGAGAUCAUCAAGCCUCUUAUAUUGUGUGCAGCCUCGUAUCCAACUCGCGCCUUCCUAAUAGUAUAGCCUAAUGGCUUUUGCUUUCCUUUCACGGCCUCUCGUCAGUUCAUUUUAUUAAUCACUUCAUUUUACCCUUCAUUAAGUUAUUUAUCUUUUCAUCAGAUUUUAUCAGGUCCAUUUAUCGUCUUUCUUUGAAACGUUAACUCGCAAAACCGCAAUGCAUUAACUGUUGCUAUAGCAAUGUACAUUGGAUUUCGUCUUGGUAAAUCCAGUUUCAAAAAUAGAAAUUAUUGCACCAAUCAGGUAUGGACUGUGAGACUUGUCCAAAAAAAUGGGGCCAUACGGGGGAUUAAGAGGUCGCUUUUGUCUCUGUGGAAUCCAGUGUUCUUAUAUUCCAUUCUGGAAUCUAGAAUUUUCUGAUGAGAGCUUUACUUUGAAUAUCACUUCAGGAGCAUGCCUAAAUUUCCUCCCAUGGCAAGGAUUAGGGACCCGAACAAAAAAACUUACCGUUUGUUAUCUAUCAAACACUCGAGCGUUUUUUAAAAGUUUUGGCUUCUAAGAGGCGACUAUUGGAAAAAAGAGUUUAUUUAACAAAUUUUUAAAGGAGCGUUUUUUUGAGAGAAACGUUUGUUAGAAGAGGGUCAUUUGUAGAUCAAAAACGGUAUUUGGUUUUGCUUCAAAUUCUUGGGACAGAGAUCGGUUUGUGAAAAAAAUAAAUAUAAAGGGACUUGUUGAGGUAUGCCCCUUUAUGAGUAUUGGAAAGCUGCUAAUUCCUGAUAUUUUACUUGUCGUCGUAUAUUUAUUUUUGGGACUAUCCCUGGCUCUUUUCACAGCGCUUCAACCACAGUACUCUGGUUCUGAUCUGGUUUGAGAUUAUUUCGCGGACCUCUUAGAAAAGCUUUCUGAAGUAACUAACAGAACUUCUAUUAAAAACAACAACGGAACAGAAAUAUUUUUCGAGUCGUGGUUGUAAACUCUGGAAUUAAGAAACUCAACCGUCAGACUCUCUCCGCAUUCUAGAAAAAUGCCUUUGAUUUCGUGGUUGUUUCUUUUAUCUUUAUUCUUUUGAAUAAUCUUGUGUGUAUACGAUACAAUUAUUUCUUCCUUGAACAGUUUAGCUUGUAAAAUAUCUUUAAAUUCACUGAUACAUUGUACCACUUCUUAAAUUUUAUAAAAAAGGGGGAGAAUUUGAUGUCAUCUCUGACGGCCGAUGGCCGGCGGUCGCUUUAUAGACGCGGCUAGUUUCCAAGAGCGCGCGACCGCACGGGAUUUAUGGCGCGUGUCCUACACAUGGAAAGAACGCGAAAUUUUAAAGACAGAUAAAGCGAUUUUGGUUUGAAGGUCGUUAGAAAUCUCCAAAGAAUAAUUGAAGUGGCACGAGUCAGGCUUGAAUGCAAACGAAAUUUGAUAUUUGGAAUCUAGGAUCGCGGACAUUUGUGUGAUUGCAGGCAGAAGUUCAAGCUGUUGUUUUUCUCAGUCGCAAGGCCAGCUACACCGGUUCAUUUUACGAAGGGGAAGUAUAUUUUCGGUGAACUAAAUAUUAGAAAGAAAGAAGUUCUUCUUUGAUUUGCGUAGCCAAACAACUUCAAACGCGAUUUAUUGUGAAGAUGAAGUGACUUUCAACACACAGGAGUGUUUUCUUACAUCGACAAAGAAAUCAUUGCUAGUCUUUUAAUCAAAAAGGUGCAAAUCAUUGCAUUUCUGAACAACUUAAAGCAGAGAUUAAAGAAACAAAGAAGAUUGCAGAAAGGGAGCAGGUUAUUUCACAAGGCGAAACAAUGAAUUCGAAAUACGAAGGGAUGUAUCGUUCAAAACAAAAGAAAAACAAAGAAGAUUCGAACGCUAAAACAAAACAUUCGAAGAACACCUGUUAUGUUGAGUCAAGCUUCGAUGAACGAGCGAAGAAACUCCGGUGUUCAUCCACAGCUUUCUUGAUAUUUUCGGUCAUAACUCUCUUUAUCGACGGCUUAUUAAUUGCUGUUGGACAUUAUAGCAUACAGCGGACGACAAGCUCGGUAAAACAUGUCCAGCAUCACAUUCCAAGCUAUCUUUCUGCUUCAAUGAUGGUUUUGACUGGUAUCCUUGGCCUGAUUGCGUCUAAACGCAAAGUGAAAUAUUUGGUAAUAUGCGUCGUUUUCCUCUCUGUCAUCUGUACAAUGUUCUGUUUCGUCAGUUUUGUUUACCUGAUUGCAGACGUCGACUCGAAUUUGAGUAGACUUGAAGACUGUACCUUUUCAGCUCAUGAAAAGAUCUGCAAAUGCUUCUUGCCAGAGGAGGAAGGUCGUCGGUUGCUGCGCUUUUCUGCCGUUCAAAGCUGUGUAUCUGUGAAGGAGAAUCUACGUAACCUCGUAUAUGGAGUCUCGGUUCUGUUUGGAGUCGGCUUCGUGAUAUCCAUGGUAACGGCUGUAGCCUCGUCUUGGAUGCUGUAUGCAGAGCAAAGGAAGAGCAUGCUGCAGCGUUCCCAAGCGUCAAACAUCGAAGCCCCCAUACAAAUGAACUCUAUCACGACGCAAACGCAAGAGAGCUGCCUGCAAGCCAGAGCGAGGCCAACCUCGACUGCAGAUCCAGAAACACAAGGAGCAUGCGCACGGAAUCUUUCUGUUGGAACCCAGACUCCUAUUUACAUGAUGCCUGUUGCACAGCUCGUAUAUGACAUUAACACGGACCCACAAAGGGAGUAUAGAAUAUUAAAUGUUGCGUCUACGGACAGAGAUGAGCCUCCGCCUCCAUACUAUGAUGCCAUAAUUGCACCAUAGAGAAUGAUACUCAAUACGGGGGUCAUGGACAAUAAGGAUCACCACGUGCUCAUCUCGAAUGGUAUUUAGUUAGCUCACAAUCAUGUCCUGAAUCAACACAACAGAGAAUCAGUGUUGCGGGGACAUUUGAUUGUGUUUCUGUGGAGGCGAAUGAAUUUAUGACUACCGCGGCGAAGGAGAUGCUUCAAUGUUGCUGUUGCUGUUCCUUACGCCUUCGCAGCUGUCAAUCAUUAUCACCUUUUUGUUUGUAAUUGAUUGUAUUGUUAAACUCGUCUACUGCAACCACAUAUAUAAAUAUAUACAAUAUAUCUUCCAUAUGCUGCAUCGCAGAGGAUUGCGAGGUGCUUUUCUGUAGGAAUCGUUGUUUAAAGUAGGCCAUAAACAUGCAAUGUUGCUGCGGGGCAGGAGUUGACUGAUGACAAAUGCAGUUUUUUGGACAGUAUUAGUUUGUUUAUUGUCUGGUAAUAAAUACAUUUAUCAAUAUUGUUACGUCAUAAUACGCUAAUGUAAAAGGCAUGGCACAGCUGUUAGAACCUAGUUGGGGACAAACUGUUUUCUCUACCUAACAGGCCACCCCCGUCCCUGAUUUCACACAGUAUACACCUUGAAGUCAAGUGCAACCUGCAUCUACUCUAAGGACGGGGGUAUUGUUCAUAAUGUCCUUCCUGGCAAACAUAAAGCCAUCAAAUUACAUGCACUUUCCUUUUAUGGCUACGAAGGGUUCCCGGAUAUAUGUAGAUGAUAGUUUUUAAUUUGCAUUAUGAGUCCUAGAUUCAGCUCAACAGCUGAUUGGUAUUUUAUUGAUUGACAGCCUGCUUUCAACCAAUCAGUGUUGCUGAUUUCUGGUUUCCAGGCCUCCAAACUCGUAAUCUGAAGCCCUUAGACCUUUGAGAGAAAAUCAACUAUUUGUUGAUGAUAUUUCGUGUCUAUUAGGCCUAAUAGUUUUCCCCAACUUUACUCCGCAAGCCUAAAAUAUCCUCACACAUUGCUAUUCGUCGAUAAAUAUAUAAAAGGUAACAAGAGUAAGCAAGUUUCAGGUAGCUAACUCUGAACGUUUAUUCGCAAUCGAGUUUUCAAUUAUCUCAAUUUUAGAAUAUUUCUUUAGCUUCUAGGUGUUAUAGCGCACAAGAGAUUCGGAAGUUCCCAUUGUCGAGGGGCAUAAAUGUUGAGUUAUUGGUUUAUAUGAAAAAGUAACCAGGUUUUAAACCCCCUCCCUUUACCUUCUCUCUACCUCUCUAUCUCGCUCUCCAAAGUAAGGAGUCAAAAGAAACGAUUUUCUAUUUUUCCUUAGAAUGUAUUUUUCCCAUGUAUGAGAAGAUGAAAUACAAUCUGAAGAGAAAAUGAGAGAAACUAUUCCAAAUACUUCCCUCAAAAAAUUUAGACUCCAUUUAAGUUUAACGGAUAUGAGAAAUACGUUUGCCCCAUGUCAUCACGAUGGUAAGCCACUUUAUUGCCCUUAUUCCCCUAUUAACCCAUUAUUCAGUAUUCUCCUGGUGCCCCCAAUAUUCUACCCUUUUUGCAUCAGCAAUACCCCCAUUUGCCCCCAAGGCUUCCGAUUCUCUGUUCUUGCACUCUCAAACAUUUAUUCUGUACAAUAUGAAUAGCUUCUUUUGUGUCAGUAAUGAUAAAUAUUAAAUUGAAAUACGAUUAGGCAGGCCUAGAGUUUAUCAAAAUCAUUUUCUUACUAUGAAACUC